GCUGUGUUAGCAUCCACCCAGCAACUCUGUCAAUACUGCAUACAGCUAAGAAACAGGCAGAGGCCCCUGGUGCUGCAUUUGCCGGCUCCGUCAGUGAGAGAGAGCAGCUUCCACAAUCCCCCCAAUCCGUGUGCUGCUCAAGAGGUUUUUCCCAGGGAUAACACACCCACCAGAACCCCGGCCGCUACUGCUGCGUCGGAGGGAGAGGAAGAGACAAGAGGAGAGCUGAACAGUAGAUACAGAGUGGGAAUACUCUAGAAGAGAGAGACGAUCCUGGGGGAGGGACAGGAUUCUUGGAAGACUGGGUGUGAUAGUAUUCUAACUUGCUCCACAGGAAAGGCUGAACACUGGGGCGUUUGACAGACAAGCACUCAGCGGUGCACCUGCUCCACACUAGCUUGUUGGGUGGUGAUGUGGGAGAGCUGAUGUCUACAAUGGCUGACCUGGAUCUGCACCUGCACAUACUGAUACCCCCGUUUCAACACUGUCGUGGUUACCUCCCGACCCAGCAGCCCAACCCCAGGAUCUGACCUCGUCUCUUCCUCACCUCCCCUGGGCUUCCUCCAGCCAGGCCUCCUGGAUCUACCUUGGGCCCAUAAUGGGAGGAUGCCUCUCCAAAAGCAAGCCAGUUGAGGUGAAGGUGGAGCUAACCCUUCUGGGCAAAGAAAAGGAUCCAGGUGUGAAGUCCGCCAAUGGAAAGGCAAGCCCCUUUUCUGACUGCAGACCCAACGGAGCACUGGAACACUGCUCCGAUGAGGACUCCGCCGCUGCCGCCCCCCUCAGGCUCUACAAACCCCGUGAUUACCUGGAGGCCUCCGUGUGUCAUGUCAAGGACCUGGAAAAUGGACAGAUGAGAGAGGUUGAUUUGGGAAGUGGCAGAGCGCUGCUCAUUAAAGAACAUGGAGAGUUUUCUGCAAUGGGGCACAAGUGCCCGCAUUAUGGGGCACCACUGGUCAAAGGUAUCUUGUCCAAAGGCCACGUGCGUUGCCCCUGGCAUGGAGCUUGUUUCAACAUCGUUACAGGAGACAUUGAGGAAUUUCCUGGGCUUGACAGCCUGCCCACCUUCCAGGUCCGAGUUGAAAAGGACAAAGUGAUAAUUCGUGCUAACAAACAGGAUCUUCAGUCACAGAAGAGGUCAAAAGCAAUGGCCCGAUGUUCAGCAGUUAACUCCAGCACUGGCUUUAGCCAGGUCCUUAUCGUUGGAUCAGGUCCAGCAGGGCUGGUGUGCGCUGAGACAUUGCGACAGGAAGGCUUCACUGAUCGCAUUGUCAUGUGCACCAUGGACAAACACCCACCCUAUGACAGGCCUAAACUGAGUAAGUCCUUAGAGAGCACAGCAGAGCAGCUCCGGCUACGCUCAAUAGACUUCCUCCAAGCCCACGACAUCGAGUUGCUCACGGAGAAGGAAGCUGUGGCAGUGGACGUCAAGACGAGGGCUGUGACUUUUCAAGACGACUCUAGGAUGGAAUACAGGAAGCUUUUCAUUGCCACAGGAAGCAAACCCAAGCUGAUGAACUACAAAGGCCAGGACGUUAGGAAUGUGUUUCACCUCCGAACCCCUGAAGAUGCUAACAGCGUAGCGAGGCUGGCCAACAACAAGAAUGCUGUGAUUGUGGGAACAUCAUUUGUUGGUAUGGAGGUGGCUGCUGCUCUCGCCGACAAGGCCCACUCUGUCUCCAUCAUUGGGAUAGAAGCAAUCCCUUUCCGGAAAGCUCUGGGGGAGAAAGUAGGGAAAGCCAUAAUGAAGCUGUUUGAGACGAACAGGGUGAAGUUCUACAUGUUGAACGAGGUAUCGGAGAUGCUUGGCCAUGAUGGACAGUUGAAAGAGGUGGUUCUGAAGAGUGGGAAAGUACUAAGGGCGGACGUGUGUGUCAUUGGCACAGGGUCAGGCCCAGCCACUGGCUUCCUGAAACAGAGUGGAGUUCACAUGGAUUCCAAGGGUUUUGUCCCCGUCAACAAGACAAUGCAGACCAACGUUGAUGGUGUCUUUGCCGGAGGAGACAUUGUGACGUUUCCUUUUCCGGGGCGGAGCAAUAAGAAGGUGAACAUCCCACACUGGCAAAUGGCCCAUGUGCACGGGAGAGCAGCAGCACUUGGCAUGAUGGGAAGACCCACUGAGAUCAAAACAGUGCCCUAUUUCUGGUCGGCCAUGUUUGGGAAAAGCCUACGCUAUGCAGGUUACGGGGAUGGCUUUGAUGACGUCAUCAUCCAAGGAGACGUGGACGAGCUGAAGUUUGUGGCAUUUUAUACCAGGGGUGAGGAGGUGGUUGCCGUGGCCAGCAUGAACUAUGACCCCAUUGUUUCCCGUGUGGCAGAGGUCUUAAGGUCUGGAAAGAUGAUUAGAAAGCGAGAUGUGGAGACAGGGGACAUGUCUUGGUUGAUAGACAAAGGGUCGUAGUGAGCGAGCCUCCACAUCUCAGGCUCUCCGUGCAUCUGGGGUCUGUUGGACACUAACUAUGGACACUUGUGGUGCUGGUGAGAUGCUGUGCCAUACUGUAGACAUACAGCAGAAGACCCAUGUCUGGGACUGUUGGAGUUGCUCCCCUGGAAUCGAGACUGAGACGGUUCUACAGUGAACCUCCACGGUGAUAGGCUGUACAUACAGUAUUCUUACCAAAAGCAUAAACCAUAUAUGGUGUUAACAUGCUCUAAUGCCAUAAUGGAAGAUCUGUGUCCUAAUGCUACUUCACAGUGAAGCAAUCCUGGAUGCAGUCUCUGUGCUUCUGCAUUAUGUAUCUACCUGUACACUUUUUUAUAAGGGGCCAGAUAGGGGUAUUGAAUUUUUUGUACAUUUUUUUGUAUAUAGUUAUAAUUCUCAAUACACUGUAAACAAAACCGUUUGAAAUGGUAGUUUUCUAAGGUUGAGAUGAAACUAAUCUGGUUAAGUAUGAUCAUGUGGGCUAAAACAGGCAAUGUACAGUAUAUCUGGUAAUUGACAUAAUAGGAUUUCUAAUAGAUUGUUCAGCCCCAACUCAUAGAAGCAAAGACAUUGUUACCUAUAAAAGCCACAUAAAAACAAUGCUUAGAUUUGUCAGCUUUGCAUUUUGACCCUUAACAGCACAAUGUUUGCCUCAAAGCCGUGCAAACAGCCUGGUCUUAUAGACUAGACAUAACAUAGUAUGUGUAAAUCUGGGAUAUUCAAAUUAGUAUGAUAUGUUAUGUACGUUAAGUAUAACGCGUUUAGCAUUUUAGCAACUUUACAAGUACUUACUACUUUUUAGCUACUUUGCAUGUUAGCUAACCCUUCCCCUAACCUUAACCACUUAACAUAACACCCAACCCUAACCUUAACCCUAGCUAACGUUAGACACCCAGCUAACAUUAACAUUAGCCACCUAGCCACCUAGCUAAUGUUAACAAUAACUAAUUGGAAUUCGUAACAUAUCAUGCAUUUUGAAAAAUUUGUAGCAUAUUGUACAAACUGCAAUUCGUAACAUAUUGCAUGAAUUGCAAUUCAUAACAUAUCAUAGAAAUUGUAAUUUGACAUCCACAAAUUAAUACAUACCAUACGAAACGUAACAUAUCAUACUAAUUGGAGUGUCACGGAUUUACAUGUACUAUGCUACCCCUGAGUCCAGUGUGAUGCAACGUAUCAUAACAAGAUGAACUACAAACAAUCCAUAGUUGUCUCUUUCCCCACCUGACGCAUAAAUGCACGGACACACACACACACACACACACACAGACACAGACACAGACACAGACACAGACACAGACACAGACACACACACACACACACACACACACACACACACACACACACACACACACACACACACACACACACACACACACACACACACACACACACACACACACACACACACACACACACACAAACAUGAAAUCCUCACAAGAUGCUCACAAAUCACUCCUUUAAGGAUGACAAUGUACCUCUAUUUAUUGGUGGCUCGUAGAUUGCAUAAAUGAGAAAUUGAAAUGUACUUUAAUCUAUGUUCAUGCUUGCGCAAUAGAAUAACAUGUCUGCUUUCUAAAAGGUAAAUUACUGUUGUUCUUUUAGAUAUGGUCAUGUCAUAGUUGCUGAAGGCUAUUUUUGGUAGUUGUCACCUAUGAAUGCUCUUUGUUACUAACUCAGGGAACUGAGGUUUGAGGCCUGGUCACAUUGGGAUUGGUCCCAUUGCAAACACAUUCAUUUGUUUCUUUUAUUUUCUUACCAUAUGUUAGUUCUCUGUAUUUGAAGAGGUCUUGUUUUCAGAACUUGUUAAUAAUUCCCUUACAUGUGUAGAGGAGAAAGCAUUUCCAUCUCUAUUUUGGCAUGUUGAAGAUUCCAAAAUAUUUAAGCCCAGAGGUUUUAAAAACAUAUUCUUCAUACAGGGAAGAUUAGAAUGGUAUUUUUAUUAAUAGAAACUUUGAAAUAAAAGUCUUCAACUAUUUUUUUCUAUACUACUCUGCAUGUUUUGGAAUUAAAGCUAUAUGUGCAGUGGGGUCCAUAAUUAUUGGCACCAGUUUUUAAUAAUCUAGCACUCUCUCCUUGCGAGGAUAAUGACUCUGAGCCUUUUUCUAAAAUGUUUUAUGAGAUUGGAGAACAUGUUUGGAGUGAGCUAAGACCAUUCCUCCAUACAUAAUCUUUCCAGAUCCUUGAUAUCCUUUGCCUGCGCUUAUGGACUGUCCUCUUCAAUUCAAAACACAGGUUUUCAAUGGGGUUCAAGUCCGGAGACUGAGAUAGCCAUUGGAAAAUGUUUAUUUUGUAGUCAAUUAACCAUUUAUUUCUGGAUGUUGAUUCGUGCUUGGAGUCAUUGUCUUGCUGGAAGAUCC